AUGGUUGCAUGUCCUAUCUGCGAGAAACCGGUCAGGGAAGUCGAUAUAAACUUACAUAUCGACUCCGGCUGCGAAGCAUACCUCGAAGAAUCUUCGCCUCCAGCGACACAAGCCAAUGGCGGUAAAAGUGUACGCCCAACUAAAGCAAUUGACUUUUUCACGUCGACCGCGAAGCGCAAUGGCAGCUUCAAGGCUGAGCCUACGUCGUCGCAAAUCACGAAACUCGAUUCGAAUUUCCAAUCAGUGAGAAUCGAGCCAAACACGCCAACACCACGAGUGGGCACAAAGCGUUCGCGAGAUCACAAUGAAGCGGAAGAACACAAAGAUGAGAAGCCACCUGCGCCGUUGCUGAUCGAGAAGAAGGUCAAAUUGUCAAAUGCACCAUUGGCUGAGCGCAUGCGUCCUCGCACCUUGGAUGAAGUGGCAGGCCAGGACCUGGUUGGUCCCCACGGAGUCUUGCGCAACCUGAUCGUCACCGAUCGUGUACCUUCCAUGGUGCUCUGGGGAGGACCAGGCACAGGAAAGACGACUAUUGCUCGGCUGAUCGCACAGACAGCAGGCACCCGCUUCGUUGAGAUCAACAGUACAUCGAGUGGUGUGGCGGAGUGCAAGAAAUUGUUUGCGGAAGCCAAAAACGAACUGGGCCUAACCGGAAGGAAAACUAUAAUCUUCUGCGAUGAGAUUCACCGAUUCAGCAAGAGCCAACAGGAUGUAUUUCUCGGGCCUGUAGAGUCGGGGCAAGUUACACUGAUCGCCGCAACGACAGAAAAUCCUAGUUUCAAGGUGGUGAAUGCGCUGCUGAGUCGCUGCAGGACAUUCACAUUGUCUAAGUUGUCAAACGAAGAUAUUUUCGGCAUUUUACGUCGAGCAUUGAAUCGUGAGCUACCCCACCAUCUGCUCUCAGCCGACGAAUUUGCCCUCGUGCGCUAUUUGGCCACAUUUGCUGACGGUGACGCUCGUACUGGACUAAAUCUUCUCGAACUAGCAAUUGAUCUUUGUAGACGUCCUUCGAUGACAAUCGAUGACAUCAAGAAAAGCUUGACUCAAACAUUGGUGUACGAUCGCGCGGGAGAUCAACACUAUGACACGAUCAGCGCCUUUCACAAAUCAGUCCGUGGCAGCAACCCCGAUGCAGCACUCUACUAUCUCGCUCGUAUGCUUCAAUCUGGCGAGGAUCCGCUGUACGUCGCGCGUCGCAUGGUCGUAAUGGCCAGCGAGGAUAUCGGUUUGGCAGACAACUCCCUGCUGAGCCUCGCAACAGCGACGUACACUGCGGCCGAGAAAAUCGGGAUGCCGGAAUGUCGUAUCAACCUUGCACAUUGCGCGGUAGCGCUGUCACUCGCGCCCAAAUCUGUUCGGGCAUAUCGCGGCCUGAAUGCAGCGUAUGCGGCGCUGAAAGAACCCGGUGUCGCGGGGUUGCCGAUUCCAAUACAUCUGAGGAAUGCGCCAACGAAGUUGAUGAAGGAGUUGGGGUAUGGCAAGGAAUACAAGUAUAAUCCGGAUUAUGUAGAUGGUCAGGUUGUGCAAGACUACCUCCCGGAUAAGCUUGAAGGCCGCACGUUCCUCGGCGAUGCCGACCUGGGCGACAAGAUCGACACUGAACUUGGACGCGAAGACGAGGCGAUGUCUGUCGUUGAGGGUGAAGGUGAGAGAGAACAGGAAAUCCUUCUAGGCCCAGACGGAGACUGA